CAUCAGCAAUAAUACAUGGAUAAGAAUUGUUCCAAAACAUCACUUCCUCAGAACUAGAAGUAAAAUGAGCCAACUGAUGAGCCACACUAUUCGCCUCCCUGUAGGUAAACAACCAGUCUCUAAUGUCCAGAUUCUCAACCAACCUCAAAAUGUCUUCACACACACUGCCCACUUCAGUUCUACAGAUCUUUGCAUGCUUAAGCAAAUGAAUAAUCUUCCUGCAAUCCGACUCCACAACUACGGAUCCACCUCCCCAAUCCGCUACUCCAUCAACCCAACAGUAGCAUUCGUUACCCAACUCCAGGUUAGUAGAAGAAGAGAAGUGAAGUAUUUGCUUUGUGGAGAGAGACUACAUUUAUUAUAGAGAUCCUUACAGAGCUACGUACAGAUACAGAUACAAUGGAAUGGAGUGGGGUAGUUGAGAUGUGUGGCUGGUAGCAUAUCGACACACAUGAAUGCACACCAGACGUUCCACACUGAACCGCAUCCGAAACCUCAGGACAAUUAACAGUAUUAUUAUUGGUGAUUUACAAAUUACAAAAAAUAGCUUUGUUUUUUUUUUAAUUUUCGCAUUUAAGAAGAGUAAAUAUAAAUUAUGUUGGUUUAUAAGAAUUUUAAAAUAUUUAUUAGAAAAGAAAUCGUAAAAAAAAGGAAAAGGUAAAAAGAAACACGAGUUAGCCGGUGUUUACUAAUCCAAACCACUACCUGAAAUCUUAACCAUAUUUGAUUGGACAAAAUUCAAAUCUCCACGAGUUAUUUUUAGAUAACGGUCAACACAAAUUUUAGACGUUUCCUUCCAAAAAAAAAAAAAAAAGAAAAGUGUUAGUUGCCUUCCAAGUUCCAACUGCCACGGUGUUCCAUCCUUCCUACCUAACUCGCCGAGCAAUCCUUGGACACGGAGGAGUAUGCACCGCACAUCGAAAGAGGGUUAGUUAGCCUUUGAAAGUUUGGUAGCUAGCUAAAACCAUAUUACAAACACAUAAUACCAACCCUUUGUUUCUCACUUAACAAAGCUAACCAUGAUAAUUAAUUAACCCUAAUCACACACUUGUAACUUGUUGUUCUGCAAACCAACUUCUUGAUAUUUUCACUGGCUCAAAAUUCAUUGCUCCCAACAACCAACCUUCUCUCCUCUUCUCACCUCACAAUCACACCUCUAUAGCUACCUACCCGCCACUUUCAUAUAAGCACAAAAAAACCCUUCUUCCCACUUUAACAUUCCUACAGAAAACCGUCUCCACUGUUCUUCCUUCCGUCGAUCUGUGCAGCAAGAAAUCAUGGGUAGCACACCAAAUGAACCAUCUCUGGUCGUAAUAGAGGAAGAUAUCACCCUCCCUUCGCAGAUCACUCCCUCUGCCAAACCCCUCCCUUUAGUUGCCCACGGAAUCACGGACAUCGAGAUACACUUCCUCCAGAUUAAGUUUACCGCAAUCGGAGUCUACUUUGACCCGAACGACGUCGUUUCGGCUCUGCAGCAGUGGAAGGGUAAAUCGGGGAAGGAAUUGGAGGAAAACGACGAAUUCUUCGAGGCGGUGGCGUCGGCGCCGGCGGAGAAGCUGAUCCGCGUGGUUGUGAUCAAGGAGAUCAAAGGGUCGCAAUACGGGGUCCAGCUAGAGAGCGCAGUGAGGGACCGGCUGUCGGAGGUGGACAAGUACGAGGACGAGGAGGAAUCGGCGCUGGAGAAAGUGGCCGAAUUCUUCCAGUCCAAGUAUUUCAAGAAGGGAUCCGUCGUCAAUUUCCAUUUUCCGGUGGCGGGGAAGCCGCUGGAGAUCGGGUUCACGGCGGAGGGAAAGGAGGAGACGAGGCUGGCGGUGGAGAACAGGAACGUGGCGGAGACGAUUCAGAAAUGGUAUCUCGGCGGGUCGCGCGGGGUUUCUCCGACAACUAUUACUGCCUUGGCGAAUUCUCUCUCGGGCCAUCUUGGUAAAUGAGCGGCGGUGGUGAUGUCGGUGUUUGGUUUGUGGGUUUGGGCAGUUCUCGGGGUGGGCUGGGAUGAGAUGGGCCGGGUUCUUUAAUGGUUUGUGUGGGUUGCUUCAUUCGGCCCAUCUGUUGUUUUAGUUAACGGAGCCCAUCGGGUGCUAAUUAGUUUACGAAUGUGGUUUGUGUAACGUGUAACUGUUUUUCUUCUUCCUGGGUGUUUCUCAAUUAAAUAAAGGGCGAAAUCAGUAAAUUACCUUCAGUUGCACAAGACGACGCAUUCACAUCUUCUAUCUUCUAUAAAAUAUAUAAUGGAGAUUCAUGACUCCAUUUUUCAGCAUUUUGAAUUUGCUGGCAGGAGAGUGUUUCAUGGAAGGUUAUCUUUGACAAUUCCACCCCAACUUAAUGUUGUUGUGCGUUUUAAUACACACACGACACGUUG